AUGGUUAGCAUCGAGAUCCCCAAGCAUCAUCCGACUUCGCCAUCCCCUUUUAUCGGGACCCCGUCGUUGACAAUAAACCAUGAUGCUACUGUAGAUUUGGACUCUAGUAACGCUUUUGAGGGUCCCGAAAAACUUCUUGAGGUAUGGUUUAGUCCAUCUGCAGAAGAUCUCGCCAAUUCCGAUGUUCCCAUUGGGCUCAAGGCUGUUUCCCCGGAGGUAUGGAAAGGCAUGCUUGACUUGGUCAAUUGUCAAGUUCUAUCUAUCGUCGAGUCUGAUGAUGUCGAUGCAUACCUUUUAUCUGAGUCAAGCAUGUUCGUCUUUCCUCACAAGUUAAUCCUCAAGACCUGUGGAACAACCACCCUUCUUCUGGGAAUGCCUCGAAUCUUGGAAAUCGCCGCUCUCUAUGCAGGCUUCCCCAAGAGUAGCCCUCCAUGCUAUGGUGGAAUUUCUAGCGCUGCGGCUCCUUAUCGGGUUUUUUACAGCCGGAAGAAUUUCCUCUUUCCAGAUCGCCAGCGUGGGCCUCAUCGUAGCUGGCGUGAUGAGGUCAACACUCUGGAUAAGAUUUUCUUAGGAGGAAGCGCUUAUAUGAUCGGGAAAAUGAACGGGGAGCACUGGUACCUUUAUUUAACUGAGCCCUUUACGUCCUUGACUCCGCCAACAACUCCGAGUCACGAAACUUCAAUUAAGACAUUAAGCCUUCCCGAUGGCAUGAAUGGUGCAAAGCUAAGCGAUAACGAACGCGGCGAAACUGACGAGACUCUUGAAAUAUUGAUGACUGAUCUGGACGAGACAAAUGCGAAACAAUUCUAUCUCGAUCAUGCGAGUGCGGUCGCAGAGGAUCGUUAUCGGUCUCAUCACCGAAACAAUGAGCAGUAUUUGGACGUUUUUAGCAACAAUUCAUCCGACAAUAGCGACAUUGAUUCGGAUGCUGAGCAGUCCCUACCAUCCGAACUGACAAGCGAGGGCCAUGCUUUGGGAACUGUUGUUUCUGAAUCAUGUGGACUUUCGAAUGUUUACCCUACGAGCAAGUACCCGGAUUCCCGCAUUGACGCUUAUCUUUUCACCCCAUGCGGAUUUUCCGCGAACGGCGUCAUUCCGUCUCCGAACGACAAAUCCAGCACUCACUAUUUUACGGUUCAUGUGACGCCUGAGCCCCAUUGUUCGUAUGCUUCGUUUGAAACGAAUGUUCCACAUGUGCAGUCUGGACGUGAAACAGUUGAUAUUGUCAAACAUGUUGUGGACAUUUUCAAACCAGGACGCUUCAGUGUCACUGUAUUUGAAGCCAAGCCCGCUGACCGCUUUUCUGCGGAUAUUACUUACGACGCGAAGGCGCUCCAUCGCCAUGCGGCCCUUCGCAGCACUAAAAUGGACCAUAUCCCUGGCUACCGACGCGUUGACCGUAUUGUUCAUGACCUGGAUGGCUAUGACCUUGUGUUCCGCUAUUAUGAGCGUAACGACUGGAGAGGCGGGGCCCCUAGACUUGGGGAGACUGGUUUUUAA